AUCUGACCCAGCAAGUCACCAUCCCUUUCAGGGCAGGGCCAUAACCUGGCGCGACCUCGACUCUCCCCAAAAUCCUUAAUUAUCCAAUCAGUUGACUGCAACUGUAUUGCGAAUGGGGUCAAAUCAUGGUUGUGUCAGUCACAGGCGUCGAAAUGCUUACCAAGGCAGGACUUAAUGUGAGCCAACUGUCGGCGUCAAUUUUUCUAGGUCGCUCCAUGAGAUGGGAAUGGUUCGAAGGAUAUACAUUAUCCACAACGUUCAUCACCAAGUGACGUUCAUCUAAAACUUUCAUUCAGCCAUUCCUUAUCACAACAUCUCUCCCGAUGUCUUCCCCAAAGCUAGACGUCUCAGUUCAGUUCAACGCAAACCAUCCACCCCUCCAAAUCCCUCCAGGAACCCACGACAACACCCCUUUCAAUCCUCGACAACACCAGCGCAAACUUCGCGCGCUGCGCAGCAAUAUGGUACUAUCCACCCUCACCAUCAACCAUCACCACCUCACAUCUCACAACAUCCCUCUCCCACACCCUAAAUUCCUACCGUCCAUGGUGCGGUCGUCUGUCAUACACACCCACCUCAGACCUCACAUCCUACGGUCCUCAAAAAUCUCGAUAUCAACGCAUCCACAUAACCUACAACAGAGAAACCGACAUCGGCGUCCCCCUCACAAUCGCAACAAGCCCUCACCCACUCAACACUUUCCUCCCCUUAGCAUCCACCCGACGCACCACUCAAAAAGCGUGGAACGGGUCACAACUCCCAUCAUCCACUCUCCUACCUUCCACCAAACUCUCCCUAUCAAGCAAUCCCAACUCUCCCAACCUCGUCAUCCAACUCACGACCUUCAGUUGCGGAAGUCUCGCUGUUGGCAUCUCUAUUACGCAUUGUCUCGCCGACGCAAUAUCUCUCUCGAGAUUCGCUAACGAUUGGGCAUGCAUUUCUUGGUCUUUACUGGCAAAUCCUGAAUCUCCACUUCCAGAACUCAAGCCGGUGUUUGAUCCGAUGAGAUUAGAUUCUCACGCUGCUGGAAUUAUUGACUCGCUCCCUGAUUCUGAGAUACAGGCUAAGGCGAGGAACUUGCCAGCUCAUCGAUACGAUUGGUACACAUUCGUCCCAAAGCAACCAUGGCCGUCUCCAAAACCCGCGGAUUUCGACACCACGGUCCAGGAACUGAAUGUGGAGUUAAGUCCCAGCGUCCCCAUCCCAUGGGAGCAAUGGGAUACAAACGCGGCUGUUGAGCAGAGAGUUCUGCAUUUUUCUAAAGAAGAAAUCCUGCGCAUUUAUGCUGCAGCAAGUCUUGAAUCAAGGAGAGAUGGAGAUGGAAAUGGAGAUGAAGCAGCAGAGAAAAUAUCCAAACACGACGCCCUCCUCGCCCACCUCUGGUCCCUCAUCAUUUCCUCCCGCCACCUCCCCCCAGGCACAACAUCCUACCUAGACCUCACUUUCGGGGUGCGAGCUCGCGUCUCACCACCACUCCCUGAUUCCUUUUUAGGAAGUCCGAUCUGUCAUGUUGCUAUCUCAUCUCCUUCACCACCACCUCCACCUCCACCUUCCUCUUUCCUUUACCAAUCCACAGCAUCAAGCACAACCAAAAGCAACUCCGAUUCUGAACAUCUAAGUAUCCUCGCCCAACGCAUCAGGUCUCACCUAGGCAAAUUCAGCCACGAGGAAAUCUCCUGGCUCCUACACGAUCGCGCGAGUGAGGUUGCACCGCAGAGAUUAUGGGGCGCCUGUUUAGGACGGGAACAUGUCCUGCUUACAACGUUGGUCAGGUCAGGUGUCCACGAGGUUGUGUUUUGUGAGGGGUGGAGCCCGUUGUGGGUUGAAGCUGUGAUGCCACCGCUUGAUGGUCUUGUGGAAAUUAUGGAAGGUCCUCCGUCUGGAGAGGUAAGGGGAGAUGCUGGUGGGAGUGGGAGUGGGAGUUGGAUUGAGGAAGGAGUGGAUGUCACGGUGUUUUUGGAGGGAGAAGCUAUGGAGAGGUUGCUUGCUGAUGAGAGGCUUUGGGGUGGACUUUAGAUGGAAAUAUGGGUGUAUCUGGUUUGGUGAUGGAUUUGGAGUGAGAUGGAUAUAAUUAUGCAUAGAGAUAGAUCCCAUGAUAGAGAGGACUAGAUCGUAGACAGAUGGGUGGUAUUAUCAAAUCUAGAUAGCUUAGAACCUGCAGCACCUCAAUAGGUCAGUACUAAGUCUCUAGACGGGAUACAUGACAGCCUGCUUUAUGCUAGUGCAAGAGCUUAUCGACCCAAAUUGAGUUAAUGAUAUGCAAAGGCCGGCGGAAACAGGGUCUUGAGUAAUGUACAGGUGGAUUUUGCUUAUUUGGGAAUGCGAUGUGCAACAAAUUCGUUGAGGCUGUAUUCGAUGUGGAAGCGAGUAUUAGAAAAAUAGUGAACGUUUUUGAAAAGCAAAAGGG